GCCCCAAACAUUGACAUCGUCAGACUUGAAAGUGCUCGGCUAUUGCGUCUUGAGAUGUUCGCUCCCGCUCCUGCUGGUGUCAGCUCCCGUGGGGGACACUUGCUCAGGACGCCUUGCUGUUCCCACAGUGGGGUGCGCAAGAGAAUUGGAAGCAGCGGGGUCAGCGGGGUGUGGCUUUGUGCCAAGGCAGCAGGCAUUGUGUGCGUGCAACGUUUGUUUGCUACCCGUCUCCCCCGGACACGAGCUGUUUGUCGGAGAGCUGCCAAGGAGGAUUCACCAGCGGACAGCAUGCCGGCACCCGCCUUGUCUGAAGAGGCGCAGGAGACGCUGGCUAAGGCCAAGGCCCGCUCCAAGGCCCGCAAGACUGAGAGGACUCCUGCGUUUGAUCCAUCAGCUGAAGUGGGUGUCACCGAACCCUUGGGUUUUUUCGACCCGGCUGGGUUCUGCAAAGACGUGGAUAAGAUCAAGUUCCGCCAGCUGCGCACCUCUGAGUUGAAGCAUGGCCGUAUUGCAAUGUUGGCAGCCAUUGGCCUAGUUGGCCAGCACUACUUGCGUUUUCCCGUCACCGUUUUCGAUGAGCUUCCCAAUGGAAUCGGUGCGGUGACGGAAGUGCCCGGGCAGCUGGGAAUUUUCACCUUAUUUGGGGUGGCAUUGCUUCCCGAGUUCAGCACACCAGAUGCGUCUCGAGAGGUUGGUGACUUUGGAGAUCCACUGGGCUUCCAGCAGUUGACCUUCGGAGCGGACCUCCGUGAGCUUCGAAAUCGCGAGCUGAACAAUGGAAGGUUUGCAAUGUUUGCCACCAUGGGCAUCAUCGCCGCUGAAUUGGUCACGGGCAAAGAUGCGGUGGAGCAAUUGGGCUUCAACUAAAUUCAAAAUAAUUCCAACCCAUCAUAAAAAAUAUUGAAAU